AUGUCAAAUGAAGACGAACCACAUUCUCUGAGAUCGGCGAAGCAACCGUCUACGGUGAUUACAUACAGUAGGCUGGAUUCAAGCCAGGCGGCCAGCUUAGCCGAUCUUGGUGACAAGAUCGGUGAAGAAGCCAAAAUCUCACAUGCAAGUGAGACUCUCUGGUCCAUGGAUUCAGACGUCGUUCCUCAAACUACUGGCCCACAUACAACAGGCCCCCUGUCCGAAGCAGAAAUGCCCCGAUCCACACCAAAGAAGACGACACUGCGGGUUGAUAGUAAUGGCAAGCUGACUAACUCACCCCAGCACCCAUCACGACGUUCACCCCGGACGAAGAAGGGUCGGAACGACCAGGGUAAUGGAGCCAUAACAGCUGCUCGCAGUUCCAGAAAGAUCGAGAUGAAGAAUGGGAAAUUUGUUUCUUCAUUACGGGUCACAUUGCACUAUAAGACGCCCGACUGUGGCAGAAAGAUCGACGAGAUCUUGUCCCGCAUGUCGAACAAAUCCGCUCCAACAGACCCCGUAGCACAAUCAACUCCCACCGGUAAGGUCACCCAUCCGUUCUUCCUGGGACGCCUGGCCUCCAAGGCACAAAAGCAAUCACUGGUCAAAAGUGAACUGUCCACAGCAAUGGCAUCUGAUAACGACACAAACCGAGAUCUUCUGGAAGCACCGAAACCGUGGAAAGACAUCAUAUUCGCUUCUAAAAAGCCCUUCCAAAGCAAGGUAACAGCAGGCCUUCCCUCCAUAUGGCCUCCACUUUCCCUACAACGGAUUCAACCAAACCACGACAAGGCCAGACCUCAAACCGUCUUACCACCUCCAGCGAGAACGCUGAAAUCAAAACAUCAUGUCUCAACUGUCAGCUCUCUUGAGGACGUGCUUUGGAACUUCGCUUGCAACCUGAAAGAUGCCUCCCGAGGUCAAGAUUCGCUUCAUUUGCCGACGCGAAUGCUCAUGAGCGGUAAGGCAUUGAACGCAGGAGUGGAUGCCGAGCUCUGCAGAGAAAAUGAGUACGCGGACCAUGUCACGCUCCUGAGGACACGCAUUGAGUCAACUCUCAACCCAUUCAACAAGGGUAUGGCAGCGGGUCCACAGAUGUGGCCUCAAGAAUAUGCACCCACAUGCUGGCAGGAGGUUUUGCAGCCGCAAACCCAGGUCCUCCACGACUGGCUGAGGAACUUGAAGGUUCACCAGAUUCAAAGUGGCAAACUACAGCCCAAACCAAAGCCGUCGAUUUUCAAGAAGCGACGGAAGAGGCCGUCAGACGACAUGGACGAUUUCAUUGUGAACUCUGACGAUGAACAUCAGGCUUCUAGUGGUAAGCAUGCUAUAUUGAUAACAGGUCCAUGCGGGUGCGGGAAAACUGCAGCCGUCUUCGCAGUUGCGCAGCAGCUGGGGUUCGAAGUGUUUGAGAUACAUGCAGGAAUGCGGCGGAGUGCACGGGACAUCCAGGAGAAAGUCGGCGAUAUGACUCAAAACCAUCUAGUCCAACAAGCCGAUUCGCUCAGCAGAGGAUCGAGCAUGUCUCUGGACGACUCAAAUGCCGCCAACUCCCCGUAUCCAGAGCAGCUAGCUACAAAUCAGCCUACAAUGGCCAAUUUUAUGAACCCGAACAAGGGAGCCACAAACCAGAAGGCAACCGGAGCCUUGGGCGGCAAAGAGGCGAAGAUUAAAGCUCAGAAGCAAUCUCUCAUUCUUUUGGAAGAGGUCGAUAUUCUUUUCGAAGAAGAUAAAGGCUUUUGGUCGGGAGUGCAGUCGCUUAUCCGAACUUCGAAACGACCAGUCAUCAUGACUUGCAACAACCCAGAAUCCGUCCCGUUGGACGAGCUGGACUUGUUCACGAUCUUGACGUUCGACCAUCCUGAAAUGAAGCCAUCUGUCGAGCGGCUGGCUUACAUAGCUGCAGCCGAGGGACAUCUUCUCAGCAAGCGAGCAAUUGAAGACCUUUACCUCAGCAAAGGCCGGGAUCUUCGAGCUUCGCUGACCGAAUUGAGUCUAUGGUGUCAGAUGGCGGUGGGAUCGCAGCAAGGGGGCCUUGAUUGGAUGCUGCCUCCCGAUGUGAGGCGUCAAGCUACCCAAGACGGGGCUUUGAUGCGGAUAGUCAGUCAAGAUACUUUCGUCAGUGGCCUUGACCUAUACCCGACGGAACUGGACGAUCCUCAAGACGUGGUCAAAUUUUCACAUGAAAGCUUGUGUUUGUCCCCAUCGGAUUGGGUUAAAGAGGCGGUCGAUCUGCACACUGGAGGUUCUGGACUGGGAAUACGAAAGCUGGAUGAGAUCCUCCUAUACACUGAUGUCCAGAGUGUAAUGGAUGUCGUCGACUCAGACGUGGCAUGCCUGAUGGCCGGGAUGGUGAUGAAGAAUCGUGCAUCUGAAUAUCGCCGGUCUCCUCGUCAUGAGAUUCUUCACCUCUGUCUGGAGCAACAGACUACCACCAACUUGCUGACCAGAGCAGCUGUCGCAGAUGCUCUGGAGGCGCUGACGGAAGAGAACAGAAUUGGUCUGCCCGUCAGUCCUGGUCGAAAGGCGCCAUCCAUCGACAACGCUGCCCAGUCAAUCGUCACAGAAGUGGCGCCCUACGUCCGAAGCAUUGUCGAGCACGACCAGCGAUUGGAACACAUCCGAAACGAACUCGGCGGAGGCGGCUCACAGACAAAACGACAACGGAGGACCAAGGCCUCACGAGCCGCGCUUGAGGGCGGGAGUAAGGUCACCACUCGCCGGGACAGGUGGUUUCCAGAGACCCUUGACUAUUCUGCCGUUCUAGCCACUGGAGGCAACGGGUGGCCGCAAGUCCGGACCGGAGAGGUGGAGCUGCCUUCGGCCGCACCGACUCCAUCAUCCUCGAUGGCGACAGAGAUCGAAUGUGAUGCAUUGGACGCUUCAAAGUGA